GCGGCUGCUGCAUACGUAGAAUUUCUGAGACGGUGGUAAAGACAAAUCCAUGGGUUGUAAACGCCGAAACUCUUGAUAAUUACGGAAAAUGUCAAUAUAUCACGAUGAGGUAGAAAUAGAAGAUUUUGAAUAUGACGAGGAAACAGAGACAUACUAUUUCCCCUGUCCGUGUGGAGACAGAUUUGCUAUAACCAAAGAGGACUUGGAGAAUGGCGAGGAAGUAGCAACAUGCCCGAGCUGCUCGCUGAUAGUAAAAGUUAUAUACGACAAAGAGGAAUUCAUGACUGGAGAAGUAAUUCAAGCUCCAGCAGCAGAAAGCAAAGCGGAGCUGGUGAAGACCUGAGCAGCUCGACUCUACUUCACUGAGGACUGGCACAGAUUUUAUGGACUGGUUCCAUCACUACCAGAGCAGAACAGGAAAUGGCAAAAGUUGGCCAUGGACUCCUUUACACUGUGAAAUGAACACGGUUUGAAAGAAAUACGCUGCUAAAAAAAAUUAA